AUGAACAUAGCACAUAUUCUUUGCGCCGCACGGGCAGACGUAAAUCGCCCGUCGAAUGCCGGACUUGUUCCUUUGCAUGCUGCGGCCAAAAGUGGAAACACGGACAUGCUCCACCUUCUCUUCAGAUCUCGUGCAGAACCAGACCCAGCGACAAGAAGGCUUGUAGAGCCCCAGAUUGAAGCAGGGAGCACACCCCUUUGCCUGGCUGCAAGGAAUGGGCACGUUCAAAGUGUUCAGCUGUUGUGCAAGGCAAGAGCUGAUGCAAAUCAUGCGCUGCCCAGCGGGAGUACGCCCUUGUAUAUGGCUGCGAAAGGCGGCCAAUCAGAGGUUCUGAAGCUAUUUCUCAAAGAAGGAGCACAUCUCAAUGCCAGGCUUUCCAUUGAUCCAGGUUUUACACCGUUGUUGGCCGCAUCAUCACUUGGCCAGACGGUAUGCGUCCAGAUACUCUGUGAUGCAAAGGCCGACUUAGACAUCUCAUCAUCUGGAGAUCUGUCCGAUGCAACAGCUGUAUACCUUGCUUCAGCCAAAGGGUUUGUCGAUGUGGUCAGGAUACUUUGCAAGGCAGGAGCUGACCUGAACAAGACACCCGUGAACGGUGCCACAGCACUGUACAUGGCUGCUCUGAACGGACAUGCUGAUGUUGUCCGAAAUCUGUGCUCGGCCAAGGCAGACUUGGACAAAGCAUGUACCAGCAGUGGCAGCAGAACGCCCCUCUUUGUAGCCGCAAAACAUGGACACCUCGAGAUUGUCAAGAUGCUGUGCCUGGCUCGCUGUAACGUGCAGAAACCAUCCUCAAAUGGAAAUACACCGCUGCAUGCAGCAGCUGCAGCCGGACACGUUGAGCUUAUGGACCGGCUUCUCAAGAGCCGGGCGGAUCUGACCCGCGAAACAAACAUUGGUGCCACGGCACUGCACCUUGCAUCCUUGAGCAACAAGCCCGAGGCUGUGCGCUUUUUGUGCCAGGCCCGUGCAGACAAGCAUGCCAGUGCUGUGAGGCCUGGGAGCACACCACUGAUGAUGGCAGUGCUUUGUGGGCACUUUGAGGUCGUUGACGUGCUUUGCGAGGACGAUCCAAAGCGACAGGCAAAGAUGCUAAAGCAGACAUCGCUCCUGCUGCACAUCGCUGCGCGUAAUGGUCACGAGGGGAUCGUUUGGCGCCUCUGCAAGUGUGGCGCAAAUGUCAACGAAAUGGUAACGCAGGAGGCCCUUGACCAACUGCACGAAUCUGCGCAGCCCGCGCUUGAAGAUGGGGUCGAGGCAGACAUGAAGAGGGAGGAGCUGGAGGAGCCAGAGUAUUCACGGGUCAUGAGUGCCGAAGAAGCAAGAAUGAGAGAGAUACUAGCAGAGGCGACAGCGAGCAUGGUGCCCGACCCUGAUGAAGAUGUUCCAGUUGAGGUUGAACUGGAACGAGAGCGCCCAGAAUGCUCCCUUCAUGUUGGCGCCACGCCUUUGUUCAUGGCUGCGCUGUUUGGGCGCUUUGAAGCUGUCAAGGUCCUCUAUGAAGCCGGCGCUCAGAUUGACAAAACCGGUGCAAAAGACGGGGCCACACCCUUCAUUGUAGCAGCGCAACAGGGACAUCUAGAAGUGGUCACGUAUUUGCUAGAACUUCGAGCUGAUGUCAACCGACGCUUGACGGACAUGGGUGCGACUGCAAUCUAUCUUGCUGCGGAAAGUGGGCAAAGAGAAAUUGUGAAUUUUCUUUGCAAACACCGCGCUGAUCUGAAUCAGCCCACAAGUGACCUUGAACAGCCUCCACUGUUGGCAGCAGCUUUGCACAAUCACUUUGACAUUGUCUACAUGCUGUGUGCAUCCAGGGCAGACCUGGACCAAGUCAGGGGGGAUGCUUCGCGCGACACCACACUCACACUCGCAGCUGAGUACGGCUUCCAUCAGACUUGUCGCAUUCUGCUCGAGGCGAAAGCCAACGCGAACAAAGCUGCUGGCUCGGGCUCAGCUCCGCUUCUUUUGGCAGCAGAACAUGGCCAUGAAAAUCUUGUCCAGCUGCUAUGCGCGGCAAGGGCUGAUCCAAAUCAAGGCUUGACAACCUCUGAAGGCAUAGCACCUCUGCCAGUUGCAGCCAGAAGAGGGUUUCUUUUGAUUGUCGAGCAUUUGCUGCGAGCUCGCGCGGACCCCAACCUGAAGUGCUUCCCUGCCCGUUUGUCUGCACUCAUGCUGGCCACUGAGACUGCAAACGCGUGCUUGGGACAUACGCUUUCAACAAUGCCUGACAUGCAUUUUGAGUCCGAUGUUGGAUCGCCUGUGUUGUUCGUUGCUAUACUGAACCAUCGCCUGGAGGUGGUGAGGAUGUUGUGCCGAUAUAGGGCAGACCCGAACAGGUGUGCUGAUGAUUAUGCAACACCGCUGCUCUGUGCAGCAAAGACGGGCGUAAUCCAAUCAGUGCGGAUUCUUUGUGAUGCCCGUGCAGACAUCAACUUCGCACGUGCGCCGCAAAUCGCACCGCUCCACUGGGCAGCAUGCCAGGGGCAGGCUGAGAUUGUGGAAUACUUAUGUCAUCAGACGGCUGACGUAAACAAGGAGGCUCAUGAUGGAACUUUUCCAUUGUACUCGGCUGUGGCCACAGAUGAACUUGAAAGCUGCAACACUACCGUCAGACUUCUCCGAGCUCGGGCUGAUUACAACAAGUGCACGAAAGAGGGAGCUACGGCUUUGAUUGCUGCAGUUGAACAUCACCAAGUCAAGGCAGCCCGCUACCUCUUGGAUGUUGGUGCCAAUGUUGAGGCCUCGACUGCGAAGGGCACAACUGCACUUCUCAUGGCGAUGGAGGUGGCUGCUGGCUUGGACAUGUUGGAGCUCCUGCUCGAGAAGAGGUCUUCGGUCCAACGAGAGAACUUUGAUUUUGGAGCAGCAGCGCUGCACAUCGCAGCUUCUGGAGGACACGUAACUUUAGUGCAGCGGCUGCUGCAGCAAAGAGGACAGGUCGAUCACGUUUCAGCCAAGGGUCACACACCACUCCACUUUGCUUGCUGGUGGAAUCAUCCUGAGGUCGUGAGCUUGCUCCUGAGCGCCAGAGCUGACAAACAUGCGUGUGUUUGCAACAAGCCAGGGGUUGAUGCCUUCCUUAUGGCUGUCCUUCAAGAUAAUCCAGCAGUGAUGCAAAUCCUGUGCGAAGAUCUCGAACAGCUACAAAGCCGCAAGCUUGGCAGCAUGCUCCUGCACGUGGCAGCCAGAAACGGACAGUCGAAGGUUGCUGAGCAUCUCUAUGACCUACGCUGUGAUGUGAACAAAGUCAUUCACCACCAAGAUAUCGUGGACCUUGGCUCAGCAGCACGGGCUGCUCAGUGCCUACACCCGUGCAACUCAGCGACGAGCUCUCGUGAAGCUUUUGAAGAAGAUGGGGACUCUGACGGCCAGGAAGACGAUGACAUUGAUGAAGAUGUGAUACAAGGAGGUGACGAGGUUGAUGCCGGCUAUGCGGCCAGUAAUGUCGCAGAGGUUGAUUUGGAGGCCGGUACCACCCCGCUGUACCUAGCAGCUUUCCAUGGCCAUGACGACAUGGUAUACAGUCUGCUUCGCCAAAGGGCUGAUCCCGACUUGGCUGCUGAGAGUGGAUGUACUCCUCUCAUGGCCGCAGCUAAGGAGGGCUUCUUGGACGUGGUACGGUCGCUCUGUGAAAGCGACAGGCAUCCCAAUUUGAACUAUGCGGACUGUCAUGGGAGGACGGCAAUUUUCAUGGCGGCAGAAGAGGCGCGCACCGACAUCGUCGCCGAGCUCUGCAGAGCAAGAGCUAAUGUGAACAGCGGCCCUAGAGACCAGGAGUGGCAAUUCACUCCUCUCGACAUGGCGUUGAGUGGGAACUGCCCAGAGAUGUUGGAUAUUCUUUGCGAUGCUGGUUGUGACCUCGAGAGGAUAGAGGAAAGCAUUCGCCGUCUUCAGAAGCUUUCAUUAGUUCGGUAA